CUCCUCACGCGCAUGUUACUAAACGUGCUCGUCACUCUUUCUUUGCUGCUGGUCUGCAUGUUCAACGUAAACACGACCGCUCGAGACUUCUUGUUAAAGACCGAUUGCCAGGAUGUCCGCUUCUCGUACGGUCAUAUGUCUGCUGAGAAACGACCUGCGUCUGCAUGAUAACGAGGUGUUUCACUGGGCUCAGAGGAAUGCGGAGCACAUAAUCCCCCUCUACUGCUUCGACCCGCGUCAUUACCAGGGCACCCAUCACUUCAACUUCCCUAAGACUGGUCCAUUCCGUUUACUUUUCCUCCUGGACAGUGUGAAAGACCUGAGAGCAACACUGAAGAAACGGGGCAGCACACUGUUGGUCAGGCAAGGAAAGCCGGAGGAUGUUGUUGGUGAUUUGAUUAAGCAGCUGGGUUCAGUCUCAGCUGUGGCAUUUCAUGAGGAGGUGGCGUCAGAGGAAAAGACUGUGGAGAAGAAGCUAAAGGACAUCUGCUGCCAAAACAAAGUCAAAGUUCAGACUUUCUGGGGCUCUACACUUUACCACCGAGAUGAUCUGCCAUUCAGGCACAUUGGAGGGUUACCUGAUGUUUACACCCAGUUCAGAAAGGUGGUUGAGGGACAAGGCAGAGUGCGACCGAUCCUUUCCACCCCGGAACAGGUUAAAUCUCUUCCCCUUGGACUGGAAGAGGGUCCUAUACCUACAUUUGAGGGCCUGGGACAAACAGAGCCUGUGAUGGACUGCCGCUCGGCCUUCCCAUGCCGCGGUGGAGAGACCGAAGCUCUUGAUAGGCUGAAACAUUACUUCUGGGAUACAAAUGCCGUUGCGUCUUAUAAGGAGACUCGGAAUGGCAUGAUCGGAGUGGACUAUUCUACAAAGUUUUCUCCUUGGCUUGCUUUGGGCUGCAUAUCACCCAGGUACAUCUAUGACCAGAUAAAGAAGUAUGAGGCCGAACGAACCGCCAAUCAAAGCACGUACUGGGUGAUAUUUGAACUUCUGUGGAGAGAUUACUUCAAGUUUGUGGGUUUAAAAUACGGAGACAGAAUAUUUCAUAUGAAUGGUCUGCAAGACAAGCAUGUUCCCUGGAAAACAGAUAUGACAUGGUUCUGUGCAUGGAAAGAGGGCAGAACUGGGGUGCCGUUUGUAGAUGCGAACAUGAGGGAGCUUGCGCUGACAGGAUUCAUGUCCAACAGAGGACGUCAAAAUGUGGCCAGCUUUCUGACCAAGGAUUUGUGCUUAGACUGGAGACUGGGCGCUGAGUGGUUUGAAUACCUGCUGGUGGACCAUGACGUCUGCAGCAACUAUGGAAACUGGCUCUAUAGUGCCGGAAUAGGAAAUGACCCUCGAGAAAACAGGAAGUUUAAUAUGAUCAAACAAGGACUGGACUAUGACAAUAACGGGAAUUAUGUCCGUCAGUGGGUUCCAGAGCUUGGAGGUAUUAAAGGUGGGGACGUGCACACGCCAUGGACCCUCAGCAACUCGGCACUCUCACACGCCAAGGUUUUGCUCAACGACACAUACCCCUCGCCCAUCGUCAUCGCGCCCGAGUGGAGCCGCCAUAUCAACAACAAAUCAUCUGGUCCAUCAUCAGCAAAAGGGAAGAGGGGCUCAUCUUACACACCAAGACAACACAAAGACAGAGGCAUUGACUUCUACUUCUCCAAGAAAAAGGGUUUCUGAGGAUGAGAUGUAGUGGAUUGGUGCUGUA